CAUGCAUUCUACUAUCCUAGAAUCCCCACUUAACAACAGCCACAAUUCCCAAAAUACAAUAUCGCCAAAAUGCCAUAUCCUGCAUGGUUGCUCUUCCCUGUAGUACUGUUCUUUCUCCUUAUCGUCUCCAAUGGAGCUGAAACCAAAACCAAAGUUACGGGUAUCGGUAUGAUCAUUGAUCCUAAUACCCGUAUUGGGAAGGAAGAGAAAGUCGCCAUGGAAAUUGCAGCUCAAAACUACAACAGCCAUUCAAAGACUCACGAAGUCUCUCUUUCCCAGCUUAGUGUCACUUCUGCCGCCGCCGAAGAGAUUGUUAGAGAGAUCAAAAAGUUUGAAGUGAUUAUUGGCAUACACACAUGGCAGGAAGCAGCUCGUGUUGCAAUUGUUGGAGGGCAAGCUCAUGUUCCGCUCAUUUCGUUUGCAGCACCAGCCAUGAACCCACCUCUAAUGCAGCUUCGUUGGCCUUUCUUGAUACAGAUGGCUAAAAAUGGUUCUCAACAGAUAAAAUGCAUUGCAGAUAUUGUUCAUGCAUACAAUUGGAAAAGGAUCAUUGCGAUUUAUGAAGAUGAUGCCUAUGGCAGUGACUCCGGCAUGUUUGCACUUCUAUCUGAGGCUCUUCAAAAUGUUGGUUCGGAGAUUGAGUACCGUUUGGUUCUCCCACCAGUAUCUUCUGUGUCUGAUCCGACAAGGGUUGUCCAAGAAGAGCUGAUUAAGCUAAUGAAAACCCAAUCUCGUGUCUUUGUGGUCCUUCAUUCAUCACUAGAUAUGGCAACUUAUUUGUUCAGAGAAGCUAAGGAGAUGGGACUUGUUGUGGGUGAAUCAGCUUGGAUAAUUUCAGACAGCAUUACAAGCUUGCUGGACUCUGUCAAUAACUCCGUUAUUCCAUCUAUGGAAGGUGCAUUAGGAAUUAAGGCUUACUAUCCCGAGAUGGGCAAUUCUGAGUAUCAAGACUUCAAAGGCCAAUUCCGGAAAAAAUUCAGAGCUGAAUAUCUAGAUGAAGAUAACUUCGACCCUGGAAUUUACGCUUUGCGAGCAUAUGAUAGCAUUAAAAUGGUUACACAAGCGAUAGAGAGAAUGACUAGCAAUUCUAGCAGUCCAAAAUUUUUUUUAGACUAUAUGUUAUCAAGUAAAUUCUCUGGUUUAAGUGGCAAAAUACAUUUCGAAGAAGGCCAGCUCUCAGACACUCCUAUUCUGAGAAUUGUAAACGUGGUUGGAAAGAGAUACAAAGAAAUAGAUUUCUGGAGACCAGAGUUUGGUUUCUCCAUGAGCCCGUUUCUCAAUGAUACUGCAAAUUCUAAUUUGUCCGGUCCAGUAAUUUGGCCAGGGAACUUAAAGCGGACUCCAAAAGGUUGGGACAUGCCUACUGAUGCCAAGCCCCUUAAAAUUGGGGUUCCAGGUAGAACAACGUUUGAGAAGUUUGUGAAGGUUGACUAUGGGGAGAAACCGAAUGACAGAAAAUAUGCAGAUGGUUUCUGCAUUCAAAUAUUCUGGAAGGUGCUUGAGCUUCUAGGGUAUAAGCUGCCAUACGAAUUUGAGGCAUUCAAUGGCACCUACACUGAGCUGGUUCAAUGUGUCUCUAAUAAGACUUACGAUGCUAUCAUUGGUGAUGUGACCAUACUUGCUGAUCGGUUUCAAUCUGUAGAUUUUACUCUUCCAUAUGCUGAGUCAGGUUUGGCUAUGAUAGUUCCAGAAAAAACUGAUAGCUCACCAUUGAUGUUUGCUAAGCCUUUCACCUGGGAAAUGUGGGUGGUCACCGGUGCCAUCUUGAUGUACACUAUGCUCAUAGUUUGGAUCCUGGAGCGUCAAUACAAUCCAGAAUUUAAUGGCUCUUGGAAGGAUCAGAUUAGCACAGCACUUUGGUUUACCUUCUCUUCUAUUUUCUUUGCUCAUAGGGAAAGUAUCCACAACAAUUACACACGCUUGGUUGUUGCAGUCUGGCUCUUUAUCGUGUUGAUCCUGACCUCGAGCUACACUGCUAGUCUGUCUUCAAUGCUCACUGUGAAACAACUGCGACGAAACGUUACGGACAUUGAGUGGUUGAUAAAGAACAACAUGAAAGUUGGUUGCGAUGGCGAUUCUUUUGUAAGGAAAUACAUGGAGAAGGUGCUUCAUUUCAAACCAGAGAAUAUCGUGACCGUUAACAGUGAAUACAGCUACCCAGGCCAAUUCGAAAGCAACAAUAUAUCUGCUGCCUUUCUUGAACUCCCGUAUGAGAAAGUUUUCCUCAAACACUUCUGCAAAGGAUACACAGCCACCAUACGUAACACCAGAUUUGGAGGAUUGGGCUUUGUCUUCCAGAAAGGCUCGCCAAUUGCCAGGGAUUUUUCUGAAGCUAUUCUAAAACUGUCGGAGAAUGGAGUUUUAAGGUUACUGGAAGAUGAAUGGUUAAUUCCCUCAGAUGAGUGUUCAACCAACACAACUUCCAGCAGACCUGAAAGCCUGAACCUCCAGAACUUUUGGGUUCUCUAUGUAACAUCUUUUGCCACCUCUACCAUUUGUCUUCUACUAUCCCUAAUUCGCACACCAGAAAGUCGUCAGCAACCUCAAGAUGCUUUCGAAGGAAAUGCAACUCCAGGCCGCAACGAAAGCGUUUGGAAGAAAGUUGUUAGUCUCAUAAGAAAGUUUUAUGCAGAUAGAAAUCCUGGAAGUCCCUCUGGCAUAUUAGUUACAAAAGAAGGCACAUCGGAUGUAAAUGAAGGUUCUUCGAGGGAGGAAGUCCCCAUCAGCACUUCAAAACUUGAGGAUCGUCAUUCGUCGCCUGCCACCACACAAGCUGAAAUGCUGUAUUAA